GGCCGCUCCGCUGCUCCGGUCGCGCGUCCCGAGCCCGUCGGCCGGUCUUCCUGCCGCCCCGCGCUUUCUUUGUGCGCCGCUCCUCGCCGGCGGGUCCCACCUCCGGGCGGUUCCCCUCGCCUCGGCCGCCGCCGGGCUUGCCCAGGGGAAUGGUCUGCGGGCCGAGUGCGGGGAGACAGGAAGUGUGGCUAACGAGCCCCAUGAGCGCGCCGCGGUGCGGGCGCGGCUGCGGCGGCCGCGCGGCGGGGUCCCGGGAGGCGGGCCGCUGAGCGGGGCGCGCGGCCCGGAGGAUGCGGGAGCCGGAGCAGCCCUGGCGUGGAUGCUCCCUUCACCUGGCCUUUGGAGACUCAGUUGCGUUUUAAUGGCGGCGGCAGCUGCUGGGUGAGCAGCCCGAGACUGUGCAGCACCCCUCCGGGCAGGAGGGGAUCGCCCUCCUCCUCCGGCACCCGCCCUGCAUUGGUGGCGGUGCUUUUCCCUCGUUACCCCUUCACCCUUGAAGAGAGAAGAUGCCGCUGCCAUUUGGAUUGAAACUAAAACGCACCCGGCGCUACACUGUGUCCAGCAAGAGCUGCCUGGUUGCCCGGAUCCAGCUGCUCAACAACGAGUUUGUGGAGUUCACGCUGUCAGUGGAGAGCACCGGUCAGGAGAGCCUGGAGGCCGUGGCCCAGAGGCUGGAGCUCCGGGAGAUCACUUACUUCAGCCUCUGGUACUACAACAAGCAAAACCAGCGCCGGUGGGUAGAUUUAGAAAAACCUCUGAAGAAGCAGCUGGAUAAAUACGCCUUGGAACCUACUGUCUAUCUCGGAGUGGUGUUUUAUGUGCCUUCAGUCUCACAGCUGCAGCAGGAGAUUACCAGGUAUCAGUAUUAUCUGCAGCUGAAGAAAGAUAUCUUGGAAGGAAACAUUCCUUGUACAUUAGAACAAGCAAUUCAGCUAGCAGGCUUAGCUGUUCAAGCUGAUUUUGGUGACUUUGAUCAGUAUGAAUCCCAGGACUUCCUUCAGAAAUUUGCCUUAUUUCCUGUGGGGUGGUUACAAGAUGAAAAAGUAUUGGAAGAAGCAACCCAAAAGGUGGCUUUACUGCAUCAGAAAUACAGAGGACUCCCAGCUCCUGAUGCUGAAAUGCUGUACAUGCAGGAGGUGGAGAGGAUGGAAGGCUACGGGGAAGAGAGCUACCCUGCGAAGGACAGCCAAGGCAGCGACAUAGCCGUGGGCGCGUGUCUGGAAGGGAUCUUUGUGAAGCACAAGAAUGGAAGGCCUCCUGCGAUGUUUCGGUGGCACGAUAUUGCUAACAUGUCCCACAAUAAGUCCUUCUUCGCAUUAGAGCUGGCAAAUAAAGAGGAGACCAUCCAGUUUCAGACUGAAGACAUGGAAACAGCAAAAUACGUAUGGAGACUAUGUGUUGCGAGGCACAAAUUUUACAGACUCAAUCAGUGCAGCCUGCAAACUCAGACCGUCACAGUGAACCUGAUUAGGAGGAGGUCUUCUUCAAGGAUGUCUCUGCCUAAACCUCAGCCCUACGUGAUGCCUCCGCCGCCUCAGCUGCACUACAACGGGCAUUACACAGAACCGUACACUUCCUCUCAAGAUAACCUCUUUGUGACCAAUCAGAACGGAUACUAUUGUCACUCUCAGACAAGCUUGGAUCGAGCCCAGAUUGACCUCAACGGCCGCAUCCGGAAUGGCAGUGUCUACAGCGCACACAGCACUAACUCCUUAAAUAACCCGCAGCCCUACCUGCAGCCCUCGCCCAUGUCCUCUAACCCCAGUAUUACUGGCAGUGACGUCAUGAGACCCGACUAUGUCCCGUCCCAUCGGCACAGUGCGCUGAUACCCCCAUCUUACCGCCCAACCCCCGAUUACGAGACUGUGAUGAAGCAGCUCAACAGAGGCAUGGUGCACGCGGAGAGGCAGAGCCACUCGCUGAGAAACCUCAACAUCGGCAACUCCUACGCUUACAGCAGGCCCGACGCUCUGGUCUACAGCCAGCCUGAAAUCCGGGAGCACGCCCAUUUUAACUCUCCCCAGUCGGCCCACUAUCCGUUCAACCUGAAUUACAGUUUCCACAGCCAGUCUCCGUACCCCUACCCCACAGAGAGGCGGCCUGUGGUGGGUGCCGUCAGCGUGCCCGAGCUGACCAACGUGCAGCUCCAAGCCCAGGAUUACCCAGCUCCCAACAUCAUGAGGACUCAGGUGUAUCGGCCGCCGCCGCCCUACCCAUACCCGAGGCCGGCCAACAGCACCCCGGACCUGUCCCGCCACCUCUACAUCAGCAGCAGCAACCCGGAUCUCAUCACCAGGCGCGUCCAUCACUCGGUCCAGACGUUCCAAGAGGAUAGCCUGCCGGUGGCUCACUCCCUGCAGGAGGUCAGCGAGCCCCUCACCGUGGCUCGGCACGCCCACUUGCAGAAGAGGAACAGCAUCGAGAUCGCGGGGCUGACUCACAGCUUUGAAGGCAUAAGGCUCAAGGAGAGGACCAUGUCGGCCUCAGCCGCGGAUGUGGCCCCGCGGGCUAGCUCAGCGGGCUCCCAGCCAAAUGUUUUCCCUGAAAGAACAAAACGAGAGACGGCCGAGCAGGAAGGCCUGAGAUAUGGUCACAACAAAUCUCUUUCAGAUGCCACCAUGCUGAUACACAGCAGCGAAGAGGAGGAGGAUUUCGAGGAAGAAAACAAAGCACCGGCUGUGCUCUCCCCACGGGCACGGGAGCCCCGGGGCGGUUACUCCCAAGAGCCGCAGGCGGGCUACUCCUGUGCCUCCCUCGCUCCCGGCGUCGGCCCUCUGCACAUCCUUGAGCCCAAGUCCCACCUCGCAGAGGCCGAGAGGAGGGGGAGGGAGGGCAGCCCCGUGCACGUGCUAGUGGAGGCCCAGCGGCCCAGGAGGGACGGGCUGCUCACCCCCUCCAUGUCUGAGUCUGACCUCACCACGUCGGGGAGGUACCGGGCCAGGAGGGAUUCUCUGAAGAAGAGGCCCGUGUCCGACCUCCUCUCAGGAAAGAAGAACAUUGUUGAAGGCCUUCCGCCGCUAGGGGGUAUGAAAAAGAGCCGAGUAGAUGCCAAAAAAAUGGGUCCUCUCAAGUUGGCGGCCCUGAAUGGCCUCUCGCUGUCUCGCCUGCCUCUGCCCGACGAAGGGAAGGAAGUGUGUGCCAGAGCCACCAAUGACGAGAGGUGUAAAAUUCUGGAACAGCGGUUAGAACAGGGAAUGGUAUUCACAGAAUACGAAAGAAUUCUUAAAAAACGUCUGGUUAACGGCGAAUGCUCAACGGCACGACUCCCUGAAAAUGCAGAAAGAAAUCGAUUCCAAGAUGUGCUUCCCUAUGACGAUGCCAGAGUGGAGUUGGUCCCAACCAAAGAAAACAACACUGGUUAUAUCAACGCAUCACAUAUUAAGGUCUCUGUCAGCGGAAUUGAAUGGGACUAUAUCGCCACACAGGGGCCCUUACAGAACACGUGUCAGGACUUUUGGCAGAUGGUGUGGGAACAGGGAAUUGCGAUCAUAGCGAUGCUGACAGCAGAGGAGGAGGGCGGGAGGGAGAAGAGCUUUAGGUACUGGCCGCGACUGGGUUCCAGGCACAAUACUGUCACCUACGGAAGGUUUAAGAUCACAACCCGCUUCCGCACGGACUCCGGCUGCUACGCCACCACCGGCUUGAAGAUGAAGCACCUGCUCACGGGGCAGGAGCGGACGGUUUGGCACCUGCAGUACACAGACUGGCCCGAGCACGGCUGCCCGGAGGACCUCAAGGGCUUUUUAUCAUACCUUGAAGAGAUCCAGUCUGUUCGACGCCACACAAAUAGCACCAGUGAACCAAAAAGCCCCAACCCGCCGUUGCUGGUCCAUUGCAGUGCCGGGGUGGGAAGGACUGGUGUCGUCAUUUUGUCGGAGAUCAUGAUUGCCUGCCUGGAACACAAUGAGGUGCUAGACAUCCCAAGGGUGCUGGACAUGCUGAGGCAGCAGAGGAUGAUGCUGGUGCAGACCCUGGUCCAGUACACGUUCGUGUACAGAGUUCUCAUCCAGUUUCUGAAAAGCUCCAGGCUCAUAUAAGCUCCCACAGCGUCUGAAGGGGACCUGACCGUGUGAAGCGUUUACAGUAAGAAAAGGGCGCAGUGCCUAACUCACACUUCCCCCUCGACUCGCCCGCGCAGAACGCUGCGUGGUGAACAGGCGCCGUGGGAACGCGGUGCGCGGAGGAGUGUGCAGAGCACAGGCCGUGGGGACUUUCCACCCGGGAAGGUGCGGAAGGAGGAGGACUUGGUGCCGAGGGCUUGGCCCUGCUCCGGUCUGUCCGACGUGCAGCACUUGCACACAUCUUGGAGACUGCGUUUUCUAGACAAUUCUGUAUUUUACCGAAGCUCUGCUGGGCAACUCUGGCAAUCAUUAACAUGCAUAGAUUUCUAUCUAAAACAGGUUUUUGCUAAUGGAAUUUUUAUUUUAUGGCUAAACUGUUUGGGGUUUUCUUGUUGAGAAACUGAACUUUCCUUGAGGAUAAUCCACCAAUAUGAGUGGUUCCUUUGUAACUUUGUAUUUAAAACCAUGUUAUUAUCUUUUGAUAUUUUUUAAAAACCUUGGGUACUUAACAAUUUAGUUCUCAAAUCCAAACUACAAGACUCUAAAAGUGUUAUUUUGAAACAUUUAGAAGGCAUUUUUAUAUUCAGAAAAUUUUUUAUCCUAAAAAUUCUAUAUAUUUGUACCUUCUGUAUUUCCGAACAAGAGUUCAACUCAUUAAGGUACGGAAAUGAGUCAGUUAAGGGAAAGCUGGGCAUGAAGGCACAUUAUUUAAAAACGAGAGAGAAUAAUCGGAUUCACUUUUUUUCAGUAUUACUCAUGAACUUCAAUGAGUUUGAUUUUAUUGGUUGAAGAUGAAGUGAAAAACAAUGGCAUAGGGUGGGUUUAAGCACUUUUUUGUUAAAAAACAGUAAGUCUGAGUUUUAAUGUACGUGCUUUACAGAUGAAUCUGCGACAGCAACAGGGAAGUGCUUUGGAGGAGGUCAGGAGUCAGGGCACGUCGGAGGACUAGACGGAAGUGCGGGCGGUGUAAAUGCAGGGUGGGAAGCGCAGGAUGCCUUUGUCUUUACAACAGCAGUAUUACCUGUCCUCAGACUGAGAUGCUGGGAUGGGGGCUUGGGAGUUUGGGGCUGACUGCCCACCCCCCUCCAGAGGUCGGUCUCCCCAGGAAAUUCAAGGCCGGUUACUGUUUCCUAGGAGUUCUUCCACCUCAACCUCUAUUUUUUAACAAAUAAAAUCAAGUUUAUAUUAUCAGUAAAAGAAGCCUUGAAGGGACUUUUUUUUUUUUUUUUUUUU